AUGCUAAACUCUCGUUUCUCGUACUCUGCGCUGCAAAGAGUGGCUAGAGCUGGAAAACCUCACAAGCUUCUACCAAGCUCGCGUCGAUAUGCCACUCUGAGUACGUUUUUCCAGCAUGAACCUUCUCAGCCAUCCAUCAAGACGGAACUUCCUGGACCCAUUGCUUUGCAGAUGAGAACCGACUUGAAUGACGUUUUUGAUACACGAAGCUUGAACAUGCUCGUAGACUACAAGAAGAGUCACGGCAACUAUCUCGCUGAUCCUGAUGGCAACAUUCUCUUGGAUGUGUUUGCACAGAUAGCGUCUAUUGCUGUUGGCUACAACAAUCCUCAUCUUGAACAAGCUUCAAAGGACCCCGCGAUGGUUAGAUCUCUGAUUAAUCGUCCGGCAUUGGGCAACUUUCCAGAUGCAGAAUAUGCUGAAAUAUUGCGGACUGGUAUCCUCCAAGCUGCACCGCCAGGUAUGAACCAAGUCUUCACGGCUUCGACUGGUUCAGACGCAAACGAGACAGCAUAUAAAGCGGCGAUCAUGUGGAAAGCCCAGCAGAAUCGAGGUGGACCAGAGGUGGAGUUCACGCCCGAGGAGAUGUCAUCCAGUAUGCUGAACAAAGCACCUGGUGCACCGAAUCACUCGAUUCUCUCAUUCCACGGAGGGUUCCACGGACGAACCUUUGGCAGUCUCUCAACGACAAGAAGCAAACCGAUUCACAAGCUUGACAUUCCCGCCUUCGAUUGGCCCGCCGCACCGUUCCCAAAGCUGCGAUACCCUUUACACGAGUUUGAGGCAGAGAAUACUGCCGAGGAGCGACGCUGCUUGCAGGAGACUGAGAAACUGAUCCAGGAGUUCCAUAAUCCUGUUGCUGCAGUCAUAGUAGAGCCGAUUCAGUCAGAAGGUGGCGACAAUCACGCUUCACCCGCCUUUUUCCAAGCGCUUCGCGAGCUGACAUUGCGCAACAACGUCCUGCUGAUUGUAGAUGAGGUUCAAACGGGUGUUGGCGCUACCGGAAAAUUCUGGGCUCAUGAGCAUUGGGACCUCUCUAUCCCACCAGACAUGGUCACAUUCUCAAAGAAAGCCCAAGCCGCUGGAUACUACUUCCGCGAACCCUCCCUGCGUCCAAACAAGCCAUACAGGCAAUUCAAUACGUGGAUGGGUGACCCGGCGAGGGCAAUCUUGUUCAGAGCAAUCCUCGAAGAGAUUACGACAAAAGACUUGGUAGCUCACACCGCCAAAACGGGAAAGUAUCUGUUCGAUCAACUUGAACAGCUUUCCUCAAAGUACCCGGGCGAGAUUUUGAAUCUUCGUGGUAAAGAUCGCGGGACGUUCAUCGCAUUUGAUAGCCCUAGGCGCGACGAGCUCAUCAAGCGAGCAAAGUCAUCAGGCGUUAAUUUAGGUGGAUGCGGCGACAGGGCCGUUCGUUUACGGCCAAUGCUCGUCUUUCAGGAACACCAUGCGAAUAUUCUCCUUGAGAAGCUGGAGGACUUGAUCAGACAAUGA